CGGACCAAAUCUCGUAAAAUCUGCUUUUACACGGUACAGCAAAAAUAAUCCUACAGCAAACAACUGGUUUUUCCUGAGUAAUCAAUUUUCUAGUUCAUCGGAUGACGAUACCGAUGGAAAACCGAAAAUUAUUCAAUCAAGAGGGAAAAGAGGCGAAAAACUUCUACCACCUGUCGGACGGCAGUGGCGAUCCCCACCGAAGCCCUUCGAAAAGACCACCGAUAGGGAUUCGACAAAGACCGCCUCAUGUAUCGGAACGCUUGAAACCAUCUGGCAAAUCCGGACCGCGGGUGAGAAGUGCCUCAACAGGGCGAGAUAAAAAGUCAGAACUGCAAGCUCGAUAUUGGGCUUUUCUGUUCGGAAACCUACAACGAUCGGUGAACGAAAUCUAUCAAACGGUGGAAUGUUACGAGAACUUGUCGUCAUGCAAAGAAGCAAUACUGGUGCUCGAGAAUUACAUACGUGACUUCAAAGCGUUGGCCGAGUGGUUUAAAGUAUCCUGGGAUUAUGAGGCAACACCCUCGCCACAAAGACCUCUUUCAUUGGCAUGGGAAGUGCGCAAGAGUAAUCCAGUUCCACGUGUUCGAAAGCAGAUGUCUAGUCCAGGUGUAUCCGGAAAAUCAAGCCCUAGCUUCUCUGGGAAAAAUAGUCCUUGUUUAGUGACGGAAGAACACGGGCCUCGAAAAGUUCACUCUUCGACGGAAAGUUUGAGCCGAAAGACUCCUCAAACGGUUAAAAUUAACAAUCGAAGUGAUACGAAGGAUUUUCCUGGCCAGCCGUCCGAUAUUGGAACUGAAUACGAAAGCGUUUCUAUUGAAUCGUAUAUACUUAAGCUUGAUCAGUAUACGCAAACAAAUUUGGAAGACGAGAAUCUCACGUUGGUUGAGUAUUUAGAAAAGUAUUCAAGGCAACAACACAUCAGUAACUCGGCUGUGCUGUGUGAUGAUUUCAAAAACGAAGAAAUACCAUUGGAAGAGACCAUACCAGGAGUUUCGCCAAAGAGCGACGAAAAAAAGGUUACACAAGACCAAAACAAGACAAACCAAUCGAUGAUACGUAAGGUGUGCCCAGCAAAACCAUCAUCAAGCGGUCACGGUACAACGAAAUUAUCCACAACAGUUCGUUUGGCGCCUUCAGCUACGAAACCCUUAGUUGCAUCAGGCAAGGCAUCCGCCGUACAAAAUCCAAGAACGAGGCCCGUACAGCUAGCUCCUAGUACAACUGCAGCGAUAGUGAGAAAAUCCGGUCCAUCUGCAACUUUAGUUCACAGCGCCAUCAAAUGUUCCGUGAAUCUUCCAUGCAAGAUUGCAACAACCUCAUCGCUAAUACCACCUUCAAUUAGAAAUCGUAAUGGUAUUAAGCAACAGCCCCCUCCUAAGCACUGUAGUUUCGGUGGUUCGGGGAGUAUUACAACGUGCCAUUCGAGGAUGGGAAUGCGUUCGAAAACGAUGAUUGAGGUUACAGCUGUCGGUAGAUCUAAACAACCGACAUUUAGUGUCGAUGAUCCAAGACGGAAAUCAAUGACACAGUUAUCACAGUUGGAUAACCACUCGAAGGAUGAUGUAUACAGUUCCAGCUCGACAUUAAAGGCAGGGUCCAGUGAAAGGAUGUGCUCAAGAACUUACAUUGCUAACACUGCUGGUGUGGAACGAAAACCUCCUCCAACUGCAGUUUCGGUAAACAAGACUGGACCCCAUUCCGAAAUAGCGACCAGUAAUGAUGGGUGGUACACAGUGAAAACGAAACGACGAUCUAGUUUACUGUGGACAACUCGUUUUAACCAACCAUCGGGUUACGCAAGUUUACCUACCCUAGCACUGCUUAGCGAACAUGCGUCUAAUGGAUCGAUUGAUGAUGGGGAGAAAACGUUCGAGAAACAAUCGAGUGAUUCGCCAACUGCAAGUGAAAGUGCUGUUAGACGAACUACAAUAGCGGCAAAUUUGAAACAGAAAACUACAUCAAAGACACAGUUGAAGAGAAACGAAAAGCCCCUUUUGCUUAUUGCAACAGGUUCAUCAAAAUUGAAUAAAUCAUCAUCGCUCACGCCGCAAUUAGGUAAUUUGUGUCUUAAAACUAGACAACAAAUGCCGAGUACCACUCACCGGGUGCCAGUGUCUCGCCAAAAGUCUGAUUUGACUGGCUUGAAACUUAAAACGCUGCACAAGGAAUUUCUGCGCAAUGAGAAAUUAAAAUCAAAAUGCAACGAAAAGCAAAGGCAGGUACAGCAGGAACAGAAGAAUGAUUCGUUGGAAACGGAGAACUUCGUACAAAUAGAUGGCGAACCAAGUUCGGAAUAUGAUCAUCAUUUACUGCAACUAAACAAGGUGGACAUGAAUAUACAAACUAAUUUGGUAACAACUAUCGAGAGUUUAUAUGCGACGUGUUUACAAGAAACAUUGGAUGUACCAGGUAACAAUAAAAAGGGGAUGCAAUUUGGAGAGCUCGCGGCUCAGAAUACAAGUGAUGAGCAAGAAGAACAGGAACGUGAUGAUAUGGAGAGCGACGAAGAUCAACGAAAGCUACUGGCGGAACAAGAAAGUCUAGAAGCACAGAUACGCGAACUGGAGAAUACUGAGAUAGAUUUUGAUACUGAAACUGACGAAACGGACUGUGAGGCUAUAAUCGAUUUCGAGGAUACAGAUGGUACAGCUGAAAGUGGAAAUGAACGAUCGAAUGGUUGUAACAUGGGUCAUGAAAAGGAGACGGGGGGAGAUAGUGCAAACCCUAACAAUGCGGAGAACGAUGAAGAUAUUACCCUCGAAAUGCGGUACGAAGCUGUCUUGGCCGAGAUGAGCUGGGUAGAAAGGGCACGUACUCUAGAUACUCUGAAGGCCAUUGUUGCCAGACAUCCCGGUCGUGCCCAGCAGCUGCACGCCAAACUAUCUAGUCCUUCUCGACGUAGAUCGUUGCACGAAACAUUGAAAAAAUAUCAAGCGAAGCAGAACCGUGCUUUGGAGAAGCGACAAGCGUUGCGAAAGGAGAAAGCAAUAAAAAUUCAACAGCUCUUAGCACGUGUUGAAGAUGUGAAAGCGGCCAAACAGUGCCUAAUCGAAACAAAGCGGUUACGGAUGGAAGAAAGGCUUCAACGAGCAGCAGAAAAUCGUUCGCAGUAUUUAAAGGAUAAAAUAAAAAAAGCUCACGAUGAAGAAGAGAAGCUCAAGGAAAUCGCGUUUAUUAAAAAUUUGGAGGCGCAAAACAAACGGUUGGAUUUCAUGGAAUCGUGGAAGGAACAAGAAGGACGGUUACAAGAUCUUGAGACAGAGCGGCAGAAAAGGGCCGAAGAGAAGGCCGCAAAAGAAGCGGCUGUUGAGCGUCGUCGGCUGGAAAUCGAGCAAGAACGACUGAAGAAGUUACAGCAAAUGAGUGAAAAUCGGCGCGAGCGUGAAAAACGCGUUGGUAAAAUGCAGGAACAAAAAGAACGCCAGCGGCAGGCAUUGGCGCGUGAAAAGGCUCGUGAUCGAGAGGAGCGACUGCAGGCCCUUCAAGCACAGAAGCUGGCUACAACGGAAGAGCUUCAUCGAAAGAUCAUUCAAAAACAACAGGAAUCUGCUCGACGACAUGAGGAAAACAUAGAACAAAUUCGUCAGCGCGCGGUGGAGCUUGCAACCAUACCGAGCCGGAGUGUCGAUGAGUUGCGCAAUGACGAUCACGAUGAAAACACUUCUAGCAUUAGCGAGCGAGAGGGUUCUCUUACUGGCGUGAUGUGUAGUUCGGAUGGAAAGCGAAAAGCGAAUCGAAAACGGGUGAAAAGGUUGCGACAAAAGCUGAUCAGCGCUGCGGAGGCGUAUUUGACCGAGUUGAACCCAUUGACACCAUCAAUUCGAAGGCAAAGUCAAGUGCAGCGAUUACUUUCUACUGUAGCCAAGGGUGGUUCGGGAACACUAGGAGUAGAGAGACCAAUUGGUCAACUAUUGCGAUUGAUUGCAAAAGCAGAAGUGGCUGAUUUUCAGUCUUUGUGGCUUUUAGAUGGUUUGGGCACAAUUGCCAAAGUAAUUGAAAAUGGUCUAUAUCCGGGGACAGAUGUUUCUCGAAAAGCGGUCGUUCUUUCGGUGCAAUUGUUUCGAAAUGCCUGUACGUUAUGCCCUCAAAUUGCUCGUCACGCGAUUUUGGGCAAUUCGAUAAUGGUUUUGUUGGAUGUUUUGCAAAUUGCGAUGAAGUUGCCCGAGGAAAAGAACCCCAUGUUUCCAGUGGAAUUAUCAACAGAGCUUAUACUGGCGUGUACGGUUGCUCUAUUGCCAUGUAGUCCUUCGCAGAAGCAAACGACACACCCAAAGGUUGUGGAACGCCUUCCUGAUCUUCUGAGCUACAUUGUUGCAACGGGACUUGUAGAAACGUUAGUGAAGCCAAUUAGUAACGUACAGGAAUCGAUCGAGAAUCACACAAGUCUUGUUCUUGCUUUGCUUGCGUCGCUAGGUCUUUUGACAAAGCUGGUUGAAAUCUGUCCUAAAGGACCUGACACUACUAAACUGUUACAUACAGCUCAGAGCACGGAGCUGUUCGGUACAGUGCCGUUAUUAUACUCCGCAAUCGUGCCUAUCGGUGAAAGCAUUCCUCCAAGAACGACGUCUCUCGCGGCGGCUUCGUUUAAUCUUCUGGUGAACUUUGCCAACCUGGACAUUAAAGCGUUCCAGGCAGUAUUAAUGGAUCACACCGUGACUCUCAAGUUCCUUGAUGUCAUCAGUAUACUAUUGCAAUACUGUAUCCCAAAGGCAGACGUCAAAAGUGAAACACAGACUGUGAUAAUCGACUUAACAGCAGCUUUAGGUUUUUUCUGUGCCAAUAAUAAAAUCAACCAGGAUUUAUUAACUUCGGAUCAGUAUUCGUUCGUGAUCAAAAGUUUAGCCAAACUUCCAAGACAGUUCGAUGUCAUAACUUACCCAACUUUGGUGGCGAUGAUACACGAAAACCCGAACGCACGAAUAGUAGUUAGCCGAGACUUUAACGUUCAGCUGCUAGAUGAGUAUAAAUCCUCUGAUAUGGCCAAGAAGAACCGAAUAUUAUGUCUUAUUUUGUAGACUACAGCAAUGAAAAGGCUUUAUUGGGUUUAACAGCGAGUUACUCCGCAAGUAAAUGUGCAUCCUGUACGUUAGUGUUGCUUAUGAGAUGACGAGGAAAAAGGGGUUGUUUGGCAAGGUCUAAUAUCUUCGCUUCGUAAUCCAAUCUAAACUUCAAACAGUUUUCUUUGAUUUCUUACGGGGCCAAUAGUUUAAAAAUUGUUAGUUGGAAUGCUUACGUUUCACACAUUAAUUGGAAACACGUCUUGCAAGCUAUUGAAAUCUCCCAUUGAUAUGAAUAUGCGUAUUAUAAGGAUUUGAUAUGAAUGUUUUAAACAAGAGUUAAGUUGCUCGACAAAAUAAAGGAUAAGAUUUGCAAAUCAAAAUUUAAUAUGAAAAAAAAAUCAAAUUGACAUGCUUCCAUUUUUUUCUUAACAUAUCGUAAACAUACAAUAUCCACAUCUUGUUCUUGUGUUGAUUCGUUUAAUUUGAUUUUUUUGUGCGCUACGCUGUGAUUAAUUUUUACUAAGCAGUUGUCCCAAGAAGGUAGAAUAAUAUAAUACGCAGCGUUCACAUCGAAUAAAAUUACGGGGUAAAUUUCUACAAAUUUCACAUUCGGUUUUAUAGUGAUAAAUUUAAACCAGUGAGUCCUGCAACACUAAUUUUUUCAUUCUUUCUGAUUACUUUUGAGUACUGUUUUAUUUAACACAUCAUGUUUUGUUACAAAACUCUACAUCUCAUACAAAAUUUAAUUUAGAAAAAAUGAACACCAAACAAAUAUAACGCAUUUGUACUUAAAUUGGAGUCAUGUUCAUAUAAAUUUGCUGUUUCGAAAGAAAUCACCCAUUGAAAUAUUUUAGUAAUAAACGGCUAAAAAUGGAUCCAGU